UUAAAUGCUCUGUAAAGUCUAAAGGCAGAGACUCCCUGCUGCCUCCUCAUUCUAUUAGGUGAUAUAAAUGGUGCACCUGGGACAUGCAACCCAAUCAGGCAGCCUGGUGCAGGCAGAAGAGGUGCUGUGGUAUACAUUCUCCUUAGGCAUAGCCGCAGUGUUUCCAAGCCAAUAUAUAUCUAUAUACUUGGUUAAAGUGUUCUCCUAUAUGCAUUUUCCAAUUUUCACCAAAGGCAUGUUUCAUUUGAAGGCCAUGACUUUGUGAGUAUUGGAAAGAUUUUUGCCUGGUUGUGUUUAAUGGAAGUGGUAUUCUGAUAUUCUGGAUGUAGAGAAAUGAAAGAAUUUGUGGUUCCAACACCCUUACAUCUGUUUCUAUCUUAAACACAAAACUGCCUAAGACACUGUUAUUUGUAUUUAAGUGCAGGUCUGAACACGCUAUAACAGCUCAAAGAAUCAAAUCCAUGUUUUUCCAUACCUUACUGUCUGCUCCUCAUAAAACAUCAUGUUUUGUUCAGUCCUUUACAUUGUAUAAACCAAGUGAUGUUGUAUUGAAAGUUUAUUGUCCUGCGUUGUAAAGCUGCAGGCAUGUUUCUCCUGGGAAGAUCAUGAUUUACGUGAUGAAAAGAAAGGGAUUUUAGUGUCUUAGAUGUACUGAUUCACAAUCUGACUACUAGGGGUUCUUGUUUGCCUGGCUUUGCUCUAGUUUAUGUGAUGGUGAACUUGUGCUGAAACGAGGUGCACUGUGAGAGCAGACUGUAAAAGAACAUAUGUCCAGUAAAAAUCAUGGACAGAGAUGUACUAGGUGGGUUUGUUUUCAAGGUACAGAGUUAGUUAUAAGUCCUAAAACCAGUAUUACCUGACAUGUGAACAGAAACAAAAUUCAUGUUAAAUGUACCUGACAGCUGAGGUACAUAAACCUGCUUCCUAGCUGUCAGGUAUUCAAGGGUGAAGAAAGAAUAAGUGCUGGGAAGUAUAAAUAUGAACUAAACCAGGAAUUUUUAAAUGCUCAGCUUUCAGGGUGAUGCAGAGGUGUGAAGCUAGGCAGGUAGAUGAGGUAGGUUCCCUGGAGAGAGCACCAAGGAGAGAGAAGCAGCAGAAUUCCCACUGGAGUCCCUUUGUUUCUGUUGCUAGUAGCUAACAUCCACCAGCAACAGGCACAGAAACAUCGUUCUGCUUCCCUUAAUCCUAACGUCUGGAAUUGAGGAAGAUUGAGUUCAACUGCUCUGCAAACAAAACAGAAGGGCCCAUCCAGGACAGCAAUAAGAUGGCCAGAAUCCCUCCUCUGUGUGUUGUGUCUGUUCUUAUCCUCUGGGCAGCCACACAGCAGGGAAAGGGGAAUGAAAUCACAGAAAGAGGCCUCUCUUUGCUAGGCUAUCAUCUGUGCAACUACAACCUGACCAAAAAUGUUUUAAAAAUGGUUGCCUACCAAAAGUCCUUUGAGAAAAACACUUCCUGUGGUGGAUGGAUACCAUGGAUGGUAUGUCCCCGCAUCUACUACAAAACACAGUAUCGUACAGUUGAAGUCCCUGAGACCAUCAACUUUACAGAUUGCUGUGAAGGAUAUGAGCAAGUUGGGCUCUACUGCUCUUUGGCACUCAACAGGUCCAGUGUAUUUGCCUCAAGACCUGGUAUUUGUCCAGUGGAGAAUAUGGAAACAUCUGAUUAUUCUUGCACGUUCGAUGCUGAAUGUCCAGGGCUGAAAAAAUGCUGCAACUCAUCCAAGGGAACAGGCUGUGUGAAUCCAAAGCCAGAGGAAAGGAUGUUCUGGUACAAUGUGACAGUCCUGGUGAAAAUGGAUUUUAAUGACUUAAUUAGAGUGGAUUCCCACCUUCUGAAUCAUUCACGCCUUCUGCAUUCCAUGAUUACUGGUGCAUUACAGCCCUUGAAUACCUCUGUGCACCAUAUCCAGAGUAACUAUGCGGAAAUGUAUGCUGGGACAGUGGCCUCUCAGGUUCUGAUUGGACUGCAUCAACCAGCUCCACUAGCAGAGGUUUCUUCUUCCUUGAAGAACAUGGUUAAGCACGUGUAUGAAGUGAUUGACACAGAUGUGAAAGAUGUUGAUGAAUGUUCCUAUGCUGAAUUCAAUGCUUGCCCUGAGCAAAAUUCCUGUGUAAAUCUGGAGGGUUACUACAGCUGCAGCCCUGAGCACCAAGAAGCAUAUGUCAGCCCUCUCCAGUGGAGCACAAGAAAAGAUGGCAUGGCAGCAUCCACUCCAAGCUCAGAGUUGGAUACCAUUAAUGUCAGCAGUAGCUCUCCACCUAUAAGUAAUUCAAGUCUCUUGUCCAUGACUAACCAAUCUACCGAUGCUGAAUGCUAUCCCCCUGCAAUUACAAACCAUCGAAUCUUCGGUGUUACCAGCAACAGCUUUGAAAUGUCCUGGCAAGUCACAUCUACUGUAAACCAUACUUUCCAAGUCCAAGUAUUCAAGGACAAGGAGGUUGUAAAAAACAUGAAAACAGAUGAAGUGAAAAUGGGUGUAUCUGGACUGGAAGCAGGUGUGAUGUAUUCAGUAGAGAUCAGCUAUGAAAGCUGUGGAAAAUCCAUCCUCUCACAUCAAAAUGUUAAAACAGAUGCUCAGAUAUUUGGUGUUACUAUGAGGAUUCUCAACUACAACUUCACUGAAGAUCUCCACGAUCCCAGCAGCUCGGCAUAUGAAGAAUUUUCUAGGCUGUUGCUUAUGGAGAUUAGGAAUUCCUUUCCACCCAACAUUUCUGCUUUAUAUGAAUCUGGGAAACUGAAAGUGCAAAUUGAAUCCUUGCGAGCUGGGAGCAUAAUUGUGAGACUCAGAAUUGCAGUGCAGGAUCCUGGGUUUCCAGUUGAUGCCUCCACCUUUGCCCCAGUGCUUUCAUACCUGUACAAUGGCUCUGUACUUUUGGUGGAUCAACAGAACUCUACAGUGGAAGAUUGGGAUGAAUGUGCUUCUACCAUGGACAAUGACUGCUCCAUGUUUGCACACUGUAUCAAUCUAAUGAGCUCAUACCUCUGCAGAUGCAAGACAACCAUGGACACAAAUCCAUCCCGGCCUGGAAGAAACUGUGAAGGUGAGAUCGUGAGCCCCUUGACUGAAAGAACAGCCCUCGAAGUAGCAAGCAGCACACAGCUUGCUCCUGAAGCAAGCUCUGAAGCCUCUGCCUUCCCCACUAUCACUGCAGACUCUGAGACAAGCACCACUGCACGCCGCCCUGCUCUACUGCCCCUGGGUGAGGGGCAAGCACCCCCUCACCAUUCUACCACCAGCACUCCUCCAGCCCCUUGGAAUAAAAGCCUGACACUACACAUGGCCAGUGACAGUAGCCCCACAGCUGUGGCUGCAGAGCAGCAGACCACCAUGAGUCCAUCACAGCAGAGCUCAUCGGCUGAGUCUUCCUCUUGUACACUGCAGCAACUGGCUACUCUCACAAAUGCAUCCAUUGGCACAGACAAGCGAGAGCAACAUAGUUCUCCAUUGCCAAUGCUAUCAAACCAAACAGCCUUUGGUAUCUCUGGAAGUCAUGCAGCUUUUGGAGAGCCUCAAGUCCACUCUCAAGAUGGCCCCAUCACAGCUCUGCCAGCCACAGGGGAUGCAGGAGCUCCCAUUCUCAGUGCCACUCUCAACACACACACAGUGACACAAAGAGAGAACAGCUCUUGGGCUGAGAAUCACACCACAGCCCUGAGGUCACCAGCUCUGCCAGGCUUCUCCUUGGCUCCCAGCCCAACUCCAAGCCCAGCCAUGGACCACACUGUCCAGAAACUUAAUGGAGUGGUGCAGAUAACAAAUGUGAAAUACUCACCAGGCUUUAGCAAUACAAGCAGCGAGGAAUAUCUAACCUUUGCACAGCUCUUUGUUGAUGAAGUACGUAAAUCUCUGCCCCUCGACAUCCUUCAGCAGAUGGAUGCUGGGCUGAUUAAAGUGUUGAUAACUGAUAUUACUAAUGGGAGCACCGUGGUAAGUUUCCAUUUACUGGCUGCAGAGGAUGUGGAUAUCUACUACAUCAUCGCUGCUUUUCGUGAUGCAAUUGAACACAGCUCCUAUUUCAUAGUUGACAAGAACAGUCUCUCCAUAAACGAUUAUGAUGAGUGCGAGACCAAAGAAGAUGACUGUUCCCCAGAUGCAUCAUGUUAUAACACACUUGGAUUUUACUACUGCAGUUGCAAUGAUGGAUUUGCCGAUGUGAAUCCAGAAAGACCUGGAAGAAACUGUGCAGCAUUUCCUACGAGCCGAGAGGGAACUGUGGUGGACAAGAAGCCUGUAUCCAGUGCAGUUUUACCUGCAGCAUCUUUGGAGACUUCAACUUUUGUAUCCUCUUUUGUUUCAUUGAACUUAUCUGCUACUCAAAACAAAGUUCUGGAGGAAACCCCAUUCUCCAGUGUGACGCUGCCUCUUCUUACCGCGGGUUCUGGGUCGGCUCCCAGUGUUCCUCCUCAAGCAUCUCCUGCCCUCCUUGUUAAACCUGCCCAGGAGGUAUCCAUUAAAGAUGCAGUGACAGUGUUCUGCGAAAUUGAGAAGACUAUCCUUGCUAUCCAAAAGGGAUUUUUACAUCAGGAAUCCAUCCCCGAGUCCUCUCUGUACCUGGGGGAGCCUCUUUGCAACGUUAGCAUCAGCAAUGGCACUCAUGCUGUUCUGCAAGCUGGCUGGAGCGAAUGUGGCACUGAAAUUGAGACCAAUGUGACGAACACCAUAGUGAAAACCAUGCUGCGGAAUGAUGAUUCUGCUAAGGGAGUAAUCCACCACUUAAAAGUUGCCAGUCCUAUUCACUGUGUGUUUCAAAACAAUCUAAUGACUUCCUCUGGAUACACUGCAGAAGGAAUUUACACAAUUUUUGAGGACUUACAUGGAUCUGGACACUUCAGAACAGAAAUGCAGUUAUUUAUCGGAAACUCCCCAGUACCAAAAAAUUUCAGUAUUUCUUCCAGUGAUGAUGUACUGAUUGAAGUGGGGAUUCAGAGACGAGACAGCAAGCUGAAGGUGGUCCUCACUGACUGCUGGGCAACUCCAACCAACAAUUCAGUGGAUCCUCACUCAUUUGCUUUUAUCAAGAACAGCUGUCCUAUUCCUAAUACAUACACCACGCUUCUAGAGAAUGGAAAUUCAAGCAAAGCACAGUUUAAGCUGAAGAUUUUUUCCUUUGUCAACGACUCCGUAGUUUACCUACACUGCAAAAUUCGUAUCUGCAUGGAGACACCGGGAAGCACCUGCAGGACAAGAUGCCAUGCAGCUCGAUCCCUGAAAACUGGUGAAAUUAUUGCCACCCACAGAACAUCCUGGGGACCUCUGUGUAAAUCUGCUGCAUCUGUUUCCAAAAGAGGGAAGGAGCCUGGUGUGGGAGCUGGAUACAUCAUACUUAUUGUCACUGCUGCAUUUGGCUUUCUGCUGGCAGCUGUGAGCCUUGUCAUUUUCUACUGCAAGAGAAAGAUGGGAAUAUACAACUUCAGAAUCAAGUCUGACAACUUCAGCUACCAAGUGUUCUAUGAUUAGUGGCUUCCACAUUACCGGAUGUAAGUACUGAAUGAUGUUGGAUUGUGUCUCAUCACAGCGAAUUGCAGCUUGUUGUUAUUCUGCAUUUGACUUUCAUUACGCUUCAUGAUGGUGGCCACCAGUGAUUCCAACACUGGCUCUUGACAUCACAAGUAAAAGGCUUCUGUAUCCCUGAUUUUGUUUUGUUUUGGUAGCAAUUUGGCUUUUUCCUUAUGUUCAAGGAUCUGUGUCUGAGGCUCCAUGUUGAAGUCAACUUCUUUGGCAGUUUUAUGUGGGGAAAAAAGUACAAGAGAAAAAGAAAGACUUCAUGGUUCUCUGCUCAUUUUUCAAGAGUGGGCUGUCCCACUGUGCCACACUGCACUUCUCCCCUCUUAGCAUAAUUUGUACCAUCACACAAGUAAAAUGUUUCUCAAAAUAUUUCAGGAAGUAAAUCAGGAAAAUGUUAGAGAUUUCAUUUUCAUUUUGUUAUUCACUGUAUACUUAAGGUGAGGUUGAAACCUUGAGAUGCAGCAACGCUGAA